AUGGCUGUCGGAAUCAAGGAUCAGGAGGUUGCUCAACUAGAGAAGCUGGAGAGGGAGUUGAGCACCCUUUGCUGCAGCUCACGUUUGGCUACGUCCGUGCUCCACCGGUUGACAAAGGAGAAGAAGGUCCGUGCUGCCUGCUGGCUCCUGGGCCGCUUGCGCUCGGGGCGCCUGGAAGUGAAUGGCUUCCACUUUGGAGCAAUCCUGGGUGGGCUCCGAGACGAGUGGCAGCUGGCUCUGCAGGUGAUCGGUCCCAUGGCUGCCAUGGACUCGCCCACCUCUGCCUCGGUCAUGGAUGUGGUCGGCUACAAUGCAGCCAUGGCCUCCUGCAACCGGGCCGGCCGGUGGCAGGCAUCGCUUCUGGUCCUCGAGAGCCUUGACACCAUUCGUCCAAGCGAAGGCACCUACAACGCUGGGUUGACUGCAUGCAGAAACGCAGGAAGCUGGCACCUUGCUGUAUGCCUACUGGCAGACGUGUCGGCGGCAGGAUUGACUCCAGAUCUCUACAGCUUCAAUACGGCCAUAAGUGCUGUUGAAGCGGGCCAGUGGGCACUGGCCCUCAAUCUUUUCCGCAAAAUGGGCUGCCGGGAUCUUGUCAGCUUCAACACCGCCAUCAGUGUGUGUGGCAAAGCUGGGUGCUGGAGGGAGCCCCUUCAGCUGCUCUCUCAGCUUCCAAGAGCCAUGCUUCAGCCGGAUGAGGUUAGCUACGGUGCAGCUGUAGAUGCCUGCGCACGACAAAGUCUGUGGCAGCAGGCGCUGCAGACUGUGGUUGGCCUUCUGGCCGUUCGAGCUUCCGUCAACACAGUUUGCUGGAAUUCGUUCGUCAGCGCUUGCGGGUCGAGCAAGUGGCAGCUCGCAUUGUCCGUACUCGAUGCCAUGUGCCUUCAUGCGAUGCCACCAGAUCGCUUUACCUUCAGCGCCCUGAUCUCUACUUUCGAAGGGGCCUCGCUUUGGGAAUUGGGAUUGGACGCGCUGGCUCAGAUGCAACGUCGGGAGGCGCGGAUUCUAAGUGCGCUGACAGAUGGUUCCUGCUGGGUCGCAGCAAGGCUGUAUGACAGUACAGUGUCAGGUGCAGCAGGUACUCAUUGUGCAGCUAAAACGGGUAUGCGUAUGCAACAUGCCAUAAACCCUCUUCAAAAAACUCGGUCAGGGGUCGGUUCCGGUCGACUUGUGUGGAGAAGGGGAGGCGGCUAG